GGCGUCCCUAGUUCGCUCCUGCGCCCCGCACUUACUUGCCUGCCCAACCCCACAACAGUGUCGUCUUCCGCUGGUCUCUGUAUUCCGGUGCCAAACCGCGGAUCUAGCGACAGUCACAUGGCGGAUAAUGUACUCGUUUCCCUUCUCUGGAUCGAAUGAAGCGGAAAAUGCCCUCCGAGUCUAACCCACGCGUAACGCGCGACGCGUCGUGACAGCUGCUAUCUUACUUCCUGAUGAAAGUCGUCAGGCGUGGAUUUCCACUACGUAUCUACUCAUUGCAGCGAUAGCAAGCAGUCGAUCUUUCGCAAAUCGUUCUGGUCUUUUCAUCUCAACAAGUACCCAAUCAACGCAUCCUCAACGCCCAAAAUGCCUGUAGACUACGACCUCAAAGGCAAAGUCAUCGUCCUCACAGGCGCAGCAUCAGGGAUUGGGUACGAGACAUCUCUCCUCCUCGCCCGUCAAGGCGCUCACCUCUCCGUUGCCGACGUCAACGAAGCUGCGUUGAAAGAGAAAGCCGCCGAGAUUGAGAAAGUCAGCACUGGCAAAGUCAUAUACACCACAGUCGACGUGCGAAAAGACGAUCAGGUCAAUGCUUGGAUAGCGAAAACAGUUGAAAAAUUUGGAAAACUUGAUGGUGCAGUGAACCUCGCUGGCGUUGUGCCCAAAGUUAUCAAUAAAGAGCGAGUUGAGGAUUUGAAUAAUGAGGAUUGGCAUUUCGUAUUAGAUGUCAACUUGCAUGGUGUAAUGCAUUGUAUGAGGGCGCAACUGCAGAACAUGAAUGAGAAGGGAAGCUUGGUCAAUGCAGCUUCUAUAUGCGGUGUAAUUGGGUUUCCGAAGAAUGCAGCGUACACUGCAUCGAAGCAUGCAGUGAUAGGGUUGUCGCGAACCGCAGCGAAGGAAGUCGGCGACCGUGAAAUCCGAGUGAACUGCAUAGCACCUGGACUGAUCGAUGGUCCUAUGCAGCAAGCUUCAGUGAAGGCUAGAGGUGGAGAGCAAGUGUGGAAACAGCAGAUCAUGCGUCGGGGAACACCUCAAGAAGUCGGAGCGCUCAUUGCAUGGCUUCUAUGUGACGACACGCAGUACAUUACCGGAACAGUGCAGAUAAUUGAUGGUGGAUGGGUGUGUUAG